GUAGCAGAAGAAGCUAGGUCACCUCUUGUGGUGUCUGUGUAUGUGUGUGUAAUUGCGAGACAGAAUGGAGGAUCUGGCAGAGUAUCACGGGCGCAUCAGCAAGAGGCAAGCAGAAGAGAUCCUGACUGAAGCGGGCAGAGAUGGCAGCUAUCUGAUCAGAGACAGCGCGAGCGCAGCGGGAUCUUACUGCGUGUGUGUGCUGUGUGAUGGAUGGGUUUACACCUACAGAGUUUUCAAACAAAAGGAUGGCCUCUGGACAAUAGAGGUGGCUCCUGGGAUGAAGGAAAGGCUCUUUAGGAACGUCGGCAACCUUAUUGCUGCCUUCAAGUUUCCAGACCAAGGCAUCUCUGUUCCUCUUUUGUAUCCUGUAAACAGAGCUAAAUAAUAACACACAAGCCAAAACAAAUACAUUAGAACAGUUUCUACAUGCUGUAAAUGUGCGCAAGAGUA